AGCUGCUCGGCAUUACAAGGCUUCCUGGUUCGCCGGUGAAACAGAUGUGUUUUCCGCGAAUACAUGAUCAUAAAUGCAGACUGCUGCUUUUUUAUUUUUAUUUUUUUUAAUUUAUUAAAUAGAGAAUCGACGCAGAUUUCAUUAGACCGGUGAUCCGGUGCAGAAGCAGCUCCGACCAUGAACAACGAAAAGGACUUCUCGCCCCUGACGCCCAACAUCGUCCGGGCUCUGAAUGACAAACUGUACGAGAAGAGGAAAGUCGCAGCUCUGGAAAUAGAGAAACUGGUGCGAGAGUUUGUGGCUCAGAACAACUCGACUCAGAUCAGACACGUCAUCCAGAUCCUGGCCUCGGAGUUUGCCCUCUCCCAGCACCCCCACAGCCAAGGGGGUCUCAUCGGGCUGGCAGCUUGCUCCAUCGCCCUCGGCAAGGACUCCGGUCUGUAUCUGAAGGAGCUUAUUGAGCCUGUGCUCACGUGCUUCAAUGACUCAGACAGCCGUUUGCGCUACUAUGCCUGUGAGGCCCUGUAUAAUAUAGUGAAGGUGGCCAGGGGAGCCGUGCUGCCCCACUUCAACCUGCUCUUCGAUGGUCUCAGCAAGCUUGCAGCAGACCCGGACCCCAAUGUGAAAAGCGGAUCGGAACUCCUGGACAGACUGCUGAAAGACAUUGUGACAGAAAGUAACAAGUUUGACCUGGUGGCGUUUGUCCCCCUGCUCAGAGAGAGAAUAUACUCCAAUAAUCAGUAUGCUCGGCAGUUUAUCAUUUCCUGGAUCCACGUUCUGGAGUCUGUGCCGGACAUCAACCUGUUGGACUACCUCCCCGAGAUCCUGGACGGGCUCUUCCAGAUCCUGGGAGACAACAGCAAGGAGAUCCGUAGAACGUGUGAGGUGGUGCUCGGAGAGUUUCUGAAGGAGAUCAAGAAGACCCCCUCCAGCGUGAAAUUUGCCGAGAUGGCCAACAUCCUGGUCAUCCACUGCCAGGUCGCAGACGAAACAAAGCUCACAAACGACCUGAUCCAGCUGACGGCCAUGACCUGGAUGAGAGAGUUCAUCCAGCUUGCGGGCAGAGUGGUUCUCCCUUACUCCUCUGGCAUCCUGACUGCGGUGCUGCCUUGCCUUUCCUACGAUGACCGGAAGAAGAACACCAAAGAAGCAGCCAGUGCCUGCAAUCACAGUCUGAUGAAGCUGGUGACUCCCGAGGAUGAUGAGGAAGAGGAAGAGGAGAAAAGCGGAAGUACGGGGUCGCCGUCCCGGGAAGACGGCCAGCCUAAGACGGAGGUAGACGGCAAUGACAUGCUGAACGCAUCACAGGAAUCUGUUGGUUUCAGCAAUAUCAGCUUCUUCACUCCAGCCAGUGCCGAAAGGCCUCAGGUAAAUCUGGACCUUGACGGCAUCGUCCAGGUGUUGGACCGGCACCUCCACGACUCCUCCACUGGCAUGAUGACCCGUAUAGCUGUGCUGAAAUGGCUCUACCACCUGUACAUCAAGACGCCACGCAAAAUGUUCCGCCACACGGACAGCCUGUUUCCUAUGCUGCUGAAAACGCUGUCCGACGAGUCGGAUGAGGUGAUACUGAAAGAUCUGGAGGUGUUGGCCGAGAUAGCGUCGUCUCCCGCCGGCCAAACAGACCAAGGCGGCUCCUGCGACAGCACAGACCACAAACUGGAGCUAAAGGUCCCAGAGAGCGCCAAGACAGGACAGCAGCCCAGCACGGGCUCCAAAACGGCGGACUCGUCCCCGUCAACACCAAGUAUGAACUCCUAUUUCUACAAGUUCAUGAUCAACCUGCUGAAACGCUUCAGUCUGGAGAGGAAACUCCUGGAGAACAGGGGGGCUUUCAUCAUCAGGCAGCUCUGUCUGCUGCUUCACGCAGAGAACAUCUUCCACUCCAUGGCCGACAUCCUGCUGAAGGAGGAGGACCUCAAGUUUGGCUCCACCAUGGUUCAGACGCUCAACACCAUCCUGCUCACCUCGGCGGAGCUCUUCCAGCUACGCAACCAGCUGAAGGACCUGCGCACUCAGGAGAGCUGUGCUCUGUUCUGCUGCCUGUACCGUUCCUGGUGCCACAAUCCCGUCGCCACCGUGUCGCUCUGCUUCCUCACGCAGAACUACAAACACGCCUACGAUCUCAUCCAGAAGUUCGGAGAUCUGGAGGUGACGGUGGACUUCCUGAUGGAGGUGGACAAGCUGGUGCAGCUCAUCGAAAGCCCCAUUUUCACCUACCUGCGCCUGCAGCUCCUAGACGUGGAGAACAACCCCUACCUGAUAAAGGCCCUGUAUGGGCUGCUGAUGCUGCUGCCACAGAGCCAGGCCUUCCAGCUGCUCUCCCACCGCCUGCGGUGUGUCCCCAACCCGGAGCUCAUGAGGACUGUGGACGAGUCCAAGUACAUGGACUCGAAACAGCAAGUCUCCAAACGUGCCUCUCACUCUCAGGUGGAUUACAACGAGCUGCUGCAGCAUUUUGACCGCGUUCAGAGCAAACACCUGGAGGUCCGACACCAGCGCUCGGGACGGGCCUCCGAUCACCCCGACAGGAAGCUGAUGUGAAGUCAAUGUGCCAUAGUGACCUCUGAUCCUUGAGGACAGCGAGAGAAGGGUGAAAGACAAAUGUUAAGGACAAGAACUAUAUAUAUAGAUAUAGUUGUUAUGUAAAAGAUUAUUAAGUUAAUGUUGAAACCAAAAAGUAUUAAGUAUGAUUAAAAACUUAACAGAGCACUGAAUAUGAAUGGACAAGAAACAAUGAUUCGUUUGUAAAUUGAGAAUUUUAUGUAACAUACAGUGGAAAAACAUUUUAAUACAGAAAACACAGAUUAUACACAUCCUAAUUAAUAGUUUCUGUGAAGAUUUGGAGAAUGUACAUACAAUCUCCUACAUCAGAACUGUUUGUGUUGAUAAUAUAGCCAUAUCCUAAAUUUCCAUCAUGCCCUGUGAACAGCUGAGAUUAUUAUUUAGUUCACAAUGUUUCAAGUGAAUCUGACACUCAUUUCACGUCCAUGUGAACCACAGUAUUUUCACGAUGUAUCAUGUGGAGCAGUGUGAAUAGAGCGUGCGUUCGGGGUUGCCUUAAUCUCUUGUCAGUCAGAAAGUAAAUCUCACAUGUAGCGUAUUGAGCCGGCUCAGCUGAGACUCUAAACUUUGGAAGCCAUGGAUGAUUGAACUAUUAUGUUAAUUCUGGGUAGGACCAUGUUGUUAUGUUUUAUUUCUUUGUUAAGAGAUCAGAAAUGUCACCUUACACACCUUCAUCUUUUAAUUAUACUUCUUUCUUCAGUAAAUAUAUAUUUUUCAUUGUACAGUUCCUCUCUGCAUUCUUGAAAAGAUGCACACUUGUUAUUGCUGUGUGGAAAUCAAUAAAGUGGAACCGUGUGAUUAAAAGGUGUGUUUUAUUUCCCUCAAUGAUAUACAAAACUUGUCAUUAGAAGUACUGGUUAAACAUGUGUGAGGGCAGAAGAAAAGUAGCAGACACAUAACUGCUAAUGGUCUUUAGCCCAGUCUGUGUUACAUUCUGCAGCCUUUUGAAAACUCAAAUGUCCAUUUUUAAAAUCAAUUUUUACUUUCAAAAUUGUGUAAAUGCACUCUUAACUUUGCCUUAAGGUUUCUAUUGGGAUCAUGAGCAUGUAACACAGACAGGACUAUAUUGAAAAUGAAGGGGAUCUGCUUUAGAAUAU